AUGACUUUCAGGCACUGAUGACUUUCGGUGGUCUUCGUGUACGCAAAAGGGAGUGAUUAAUAUCCUCGAAGAAAGCGCUUUCUUCUGCACUUUAUGUUCUUGAGUCAGUCUUCUCCUAGAGCACGUUUCUCUGUGGCAUAUUUCGGAGAUGCAUCAUCUGCCAGUUUCAAAACCAGUUCUGUGUGAGUCACCCACCUCCGUACUUAUAAACCACCACAUCAACGCGGCAAGAACUCACAGCUGUCCAAGAGGCCCUGCACGCAGAACACAGCUGCCGCCAUACACAGUCGCACCGUUAGCUUGCAGUUAACACACUUAAUAGAAAAGUUUGGUGCUUUCUUCAAAAUGGGCUGCUUGUUUCAGGCCGUUGUCAUUUCGGCCGCCAUUCUCUCCACGACGUCACUGACUGUGAUGCAAAGACGGGAUCAGUUUGUAGAAGCAACGAAAUACCUGAAAAAAUACGGCUACUUGAGCACUCCCUUGGACCCACAUGCUGAAACUGACCAGAGUUCAGAAACAGUCAAGGAAGCCCUCAGAAUCUACCAGAGGAUAUCAAGCCUGCCCAUCACAGGAAAGGUUGACAAAGCCACCAUUGAGAAGAUGAGAGGACGUCGCUGUGGUGUUGAGGAUCCUUUCAAUCAGAAAGCCAUGAAAUACAGACUCUUUGGUGGUGCGUGGCGUAAGAGGAGCCUGACGUACCGGAUCUUCAACUACACUCCUGAUCUUGGCAAAGAGGGGACCCAGAGGGCCAUCCGCUCUGCUUUCAAAUACUGGAGCGACGUGGCCCCGAUCAGCUUUAAGGAGGUGUCGUACGGCCGCGCCGACCUCAGGAUCUCCUUCCACGACCGAGGGAAAAGCCUGUGCAACUCCCCCUUCGAUGGGCCUGGUCGAAUCCUUGCUCAUGCUGAAGCCCCGCCUUCAGGUAUCAUUCACUUUGAUCUGGAUGAGGAUUGGACGGAGGGCCAGUACUCGGGCACCAACCUGCGAAUCGUAGCUGCUCAUGAGAUCGGCCAUGCUCUGGGCUUGGGUCAUUCCCAGUACACCAAUGCACUGAUGGCCCCUCACUACAGAGGCUACAGUUCCUACUUCAGGCUGCAUUUUGAUGACAUCAGAGGCAUACAGGCCAUCUAUGGUAAACGAGAAACAGAGGACUCCAACUCUGUUGACAUGACACCACCUACAACUUCUCCGACUCCAACACUGUCUCAAGCACCAGAUCCUUGCAGUGCCAAACUAGAUGCUAUCAUGCUGGGUCCCUGGAGGAAGACCUUUGCCUUCAGUGGAGAUUACUUCUGGACGGUGAGUGAGGCUGGAUACAAUGAGCCAAUCAGAAUCAACCUCCUGUGGAAGGGUCUGCCUGGCAACAUCAAUGCAGCUGUCCACUCUCAGAGGACAAACAAGACCUUCUUCCUGAAAGGAAACAAAGUAUGGAGGUAUACAGGCUUGCGGCUGGACUAUGGAUACCCCAAGAACCUGACAAAGCUCUCACCCAACAUUGAUGCCGCUCUUUAUCUGGAGAAGAACAAGAAGAUCAUCUUCAUCAAGGGUUCACUCUACUGGCAGUGGGAUGAGAUUUCCUACACAGACCUGAGCAUCUACCCCAAACGUAUCUCCAAUCUCUUUACCGGUGUGCCACACAACCCUGAUGCAGCUUUCACUUGGAAAAAUGGCAAGAUUUACUUCUUCAAGGGUGACAAGUACUGGCGUCUUAACCGUCACCUCAAGGUUGACACUGGCUACCCACUCAGUAUCCAAGAGCGGUGGAUGCAGUGCAACUACUGAUCCACAAGUGGGCGCCAGAGACCAUUUCCAGCAGCUGGAGUUGCCAGCUGAUUCAGGAGACUACAGUUCCCAUAGUUCAUAGUGUUGACAAGCAUGAACUGCUAUCUUGAGAGCAGGGUUUAAAUUGAUGAACAGUGGUGAGGUUUCACUGAGGAUGGUUUACGCUGUGAUUCUUUUUUAAGCCAGUUUUUUCCUGUUUGAUGUUUCACAUCAGUUCUUUUUUCACCUUUUGUAAGAGCCAUAUGCAGUACAAAGGUUAGGAAGUGUUGUUACAGUUGUUGGGUAACUGUAAAUCAGAGCUAAUCAAAGUAUCACAAUUAUCACAAGUGAUCACAGGCAUUCGAAUUCUGAGAUUUUUGCCAGUCUUUUGCCAACUGUUGUACACAAUGUAUUUUUCUGUGGUGAAACUGAGUUUAAAAGAUUGAUUCUGCCUCUUUUUUCACAAUGACAAAGAUUAGGUGGGGUUGCAGGUAUUUUAUAAAAUAAUUCCAUACAAGCAGGACUUGUUAAUAUCAUAACAAUCUACAGCUUUCUUCUAAUCUGUAGCAUCUGUGUGUGUGUGUGUGUGUGUGUGUGCACGUGCUCGUUAGCUCUUGAGCAGUGUUUCUUUUUCAUUAAGCCCUGAUAUGUUUUGACCAGUGGAGGCAAUGUUCCUCCAGAACACAAAGGUUUAUUGUUGUCUGAUGAUUCAUUAUUUUUAUGACUUUCCCCCCCGACAGUCUUCUCCAGUGUCAGCAGCAUCUUUGCUUCUGAUACAUACUUAGUGUCACCAUGUGGGACAUUCAGGGAAAUGUUUUUUGAUUUGUCUUCCUGCUACAAAAUGAAAAGGUAUUAUUCCAAACGCAUUUCAGUUUUUUACUCUCUUUUGUCAGAUUUGAUACGGCUUGAAAUAUCGCUAUGAACUCAAAAUGUUUGUGAAAAGUGAGUUCUAUGGCACUGUGUUAUACCUGUUAUAUCCGUGGCCUUUUUAUGCUUAGUUUUUUCAGUUCGCUCCACGUACAGGAUGAGUUGAGUAGAAUAAUAACAUACUGUAAGGUCAUAUAUCAAGAACAUGUAAAUAUUGGUAAAUACAGGGUUUAUCCCAUCAAUGUUUUAUUCCCCCCUCUAGAACUUGAGUUGCUGCAAUUAGUCACAUAAUACUCAUUGGAUAACAUUGCAGUAGUUCUGUGAGGAGUCAUAUUCUAGUACUUGCCUUCUCACAGAUAAGAGCCAUUAUAAUGUGUAUGUGAAAGGGGCAUUAUCUACAGGAAGCUUCACUGCCUACUUUAUUAUUUUUUUUAAUUAGUUUCAUGAGCUUUUUUGUUUUACUUAUUGAUAAAUCGCCCUUUUCCUGUACAAGUUCACUAGUAUUCUAUGAUUUAAGACUCGAGAGUACAGUUCAAGGGCACUGUUAUCAAUCAAAGAUUAUUCAUUUCUGUACAUCUAAUCUCUUUUGUAUUACUGAUGUGCGUGACACAAACAGUCAAUUUCAAAUGUACCUCAAUAAAUUUUACAACCACA